UGCUCCCCUAUCGUCCUAUUUAGCCAUGGAGAAGGAAGGAGGAGAGAGAGAAGAACCCACGCAUCCUCAAAGGGGGAGGCCGAGGCCGCGACUCGCGAGAAGAACCACACGGAAACCAGGAGGGGGAAUCGCUCGAAGAAUGCCGCAUCAAUGUCUCGGAUUGUGAUCUGAUCUCUUGGUAUGGUUCAUCCGAGGUUUCUUGUUGCUUGUUCAGGCUCCAAGUUGUGCUUCAUCUCAAAUUGUCGCAGUAACUAUAAGAACAUGAUUGGUGGUGGGACGGUGACAUCCUCACUAGUGAUGGGUUUGUGUCAGAAAUCUAGAUGUGGUUCUAAGGUAAUCCUCUCGUAUUGAUAGAGUGGGACUGAUUAUUAUUGGAACCUUCUCUUGUUCAUAUUACUGGAAGUUGGAAAGUAAGGAGCGUCAUUGUAACAUCUGAAUAAACAUCUUCUGGAAGUAAGAGCAAGUUCAUUUUUCGUUCGCUGGAGUGAGCGAUAUUGGGAUGGGUUUGCCUCAAAUUCCUAUGGUAAAGGAGGAAGUGCCAACUACACUCAGUACACCUGUAACCAGUCCUCAUUUCAGUGUUAGUGGACCCUGCAAUUCGGGUAACCUUCCUGUAGGAUGCUCAAGUAGAAGCGCAUUUCCAUGCCCAUCCACCAGUGUUUUCAAGAGAAAAUCUGCAUUGGGCACUUCGAAUGAAUUCAGUAGCCAUUUCAGAACCAGCCAUUCCACUGAUGAUCCUGCAGGCUUCCAAGGCCUAAUUCCUGAAUCAAGAGAUCCAAGUUAUAUAUCAUUCCAUGAAUUCAGAUCUACUGCCCAGAUGCCUGCAGUGAGGGUUGUUGGGUUUGAUUCAGGAACUGCUUGUUCCACCGGUGUUCCUAAUAUGAUGGUAGCUGACAAAAUCCAUUCAUCUUUAGUCAUUGGUAAUCGUGGUUCAUCGGCUGGACAGCAUGGACUUCAGGCAAGGAAAAGGGUAUUGUCACCAUUAACCAAUGUGCUUCCUGCUGGACAGUUCCAUGGUGAUGCACUGAACAUUGAUUCUGGCGAUGUCAAAAAUCAGCACACUCAUUGUGUUAGACAGCUCUCUUCUUCUGGCUUCCAUGACAAUAAAAAGGCCAACAUUGGAACUCUUGAUUCCUUUCAGUCACCUACUGAGCCAGCAUUGAGAUACUCCAAUUGGAGUACAGACCAGGGUGUCGGAAAGUUUAGUUCUAAUGUAUUCACCGAUGGUCCUUUGCUUGAGGGCAAGGAAUUCUUUUCAUGCUCAGAUCAACCAGGAGCUGAAAGGUUUAUGAAUCUUUCAAGGGUGUCUGUACCGCCUGCAAGAUUAUCACAUUCUCCUCCACUCUCUCUUUCUCCGCUUGGUCCAAAAUGGAUGCAUAGAAUGAGGACUACAAGAGCUCAGCGGGAUCUAACGGGAGAAAUUGUAAGUGAUUUCCUUGGCCUGAAGGAAAUGGGGGAAUCAAAUUGUGAAGAUUAUUCAGAGUAUGGUGUUAGAAUAAGGAUGAGAAAUAUGUUAGAAGAAACCAGUAUUUUUCAUGAUGGAUUUGAUACAAUGACCCCUAAGAGGAGUUUUGAUAGAAGAUAUCGGAACUGGAUCCCAGAAUCUGCCCCUGUGUCCCCAAGCAUUGGAUGUAUUAGGAGUUUGAACCUCCUCCCUGUAAGGAGGUCACUGGUUGGCUCCUUUGAAGAGUCUCUCUUAUCUGGUCGCUAUUCAUGUGGAAAAGACAAUCAGAGUAUUGAUGGUUUUCUGGCUAUUCUUAACGUGACUGGUGGUAACUUCUCUCCCCCAACUCAGAAGCUUCCAUUUACAGUAACAAGCAUCGAUGAAGAUAACUCCUUGUUGUACUAUUCAUCGAUUGGUCUUGCGGAGAGGUUGCCUGCAAACAAUAGCAAAAGCCCAAAACUCAAAAGAAGCCUCAGUAACAGUGAUUCGCGGUCAGCAAAAAGUCGGCUACGCAUACCUGUUAAAGGCCGCAUACAGCUGGUGGUCAGUAAUCCGGAGAAGACACCACUUCACACCUUCUUCUGUGCUUAUGAUUUGAGUGACAUGCCUGCUGGAACCAAGACUUUCAUGCGGCAAAAGAUCACUCUAUCCUCUGCUUGUCCCUCUUAUCCGACCAAAGAAGGAAGCAAGGCCAGUGACGUAAAGGUCGAGUCAGUCCAGUGUGGAAGUGAACUUAGAGAGUGUGGUGCUCUAUUUUCCGAAUGUUCUGAAAAGGGGCAUAACUGCUGCUCAAUUGAUGAGUCAGAAAAGGAAGGUUGCUCAGAUGCAGGAUGUUGCUCCAUGGAAUGUGACAUUAUAGUAGGGAAUUCAGAAAAUGACACCAAUGCUGAUGGCUGCUGCUGUCAAAUAGACACACGUCUGUCAGGUGGAAAUAAAUCUUGCUGCAGAUCUUCCAAGGUCAAUGAUAUUUCAGCUGGAGGUGUUCUUCGCUAUGCUCUGCACCUACGUUUUCUGAGCCCUUUCUCCAAGAAGUCAUCAAAAUCAAGGCAGCAAUGCAAAUCUGAUGUCUCAUCAGAACUCCACAGUCGCAGUACUCAGACCGAGGGAGAAAGAAGAUUUUAUCUCUACAAUGAUAUUAGAGUUGUCUUCCCUCAAAGGCACUCAGACGCUGACGAAGGCGAGCUGCGGAUUGAGCACGACUUCCCAGCAAAUCCUAAAUAUUUCGACAUAAGCAACUAAGACCUUGUACACUCCUUGUGUUAGCUGCAGAUGAAAUUUGUGCAUAUCAUUUCGUCACUAACUUCUCUUCUGUUUAUUCCCGUUAUCCAGAUGUACAGUACUAACCUUCUGAUCAAAUAGCUCAUUUCAUCUACUUUGCUGUAUGAUCUUCAAUUAGAGUAUUGCAUUGUGACUGGGUGAAUAUGCCAUCAUCUUCUCUCUUGCCAAAACAGAUCCAAGAAUAAUUUCUCUUCUUGCUUUGCA